UAAACACACGAUGAGGAGCUUCGUCUUGAUAACAGCUUUGUUUUUCUGCAGCCUCAGAUGGACCUUUAUCUCUGGCUCUGAGGUUCACACUGUGACAGUCCAGCCUGGUGAAGACGUCACACUGCAGUGCUCCAACAUUUCCAGAAGUCAAACACAUACAGAGUGGUUCAGAGUGGUCAACGCGACUAAAACUAGCUGUAUCUCCUCCAUGUUUGGAUCUCAUGGCCAAGCCUCUUUCUGUAACGGAUUUCAAAAUGGAAAAUUUAAUAUGAGUUCCAAUGUCACUUCUGUCUUUCUUAAAAUCACAGAAGUGAGUUUAUCUGAUGUUGGGCUGUAUUUCUGUGGAUUUUACGUGGAUGUGCAUAUUAUUAUUUCCAAUGCAGUAGAGUUAAGAUUUGAAGGUGGUGAAACGAAUGAUGAAGAUUUUAAGACUGAAAAGUCUGAUAGAAUGAUACACCUGAUGAACAUCAUCCCAGGUGGUCUGACUGGUUUACUCAUUAUACUGGUCAUCAUUCUGGUUUUAAAAAUCAGAACACCUCAAACAGAUCCCCAACCAGGAAACAUCAAGAAUAAGAGCUCAGAUGACCUGAACUACGCAGCUAUGAGUUUCCAGACAAAACUCAAAAGAAGUCGCAGGCCUGCGACACACAGAGAGCUGGAGUCUCAUGUUGUGUAUGCUGCAACACGGUAGACAAAGAGGUGGAGCUCAUGCUUUAUGAUACUAACCCACUGAUGUAGUUUUGUGUAUGUGUUGUGGA